UAUAAAAACAGGACUCUUUCUAGAGCUUCACAAAAUCUUCACUGACAGUCUGAUUGCAACGAUCUGAAAACCGAGGGUUAAUCAUGGCAGUGCUGAGAAGUCUUCUGCUUCUUUCCAUUGUGUAUUCUGUGGUGAAUGCAGAUGAUGAAAAAUGCCCCAAUGGAUGGACAAAUUUUGGAGUCAGAUGCUACAGGUACUUCCCUCAGACAGUUAACUGGAUCACUGCGGAGAGAAACUGUCAAACCUAUGAUGCAAACCUUGCAUCUGUGCAUAAUAAACUGGAAAAUGAUCUCCUACUGAGCAUGGUGCCUUCUAACACACGUUUUUGGGUUGGCACUCAGGAUGGUGAACAAGAAGGACAGUGGAUUUGGAGUGAUGGAAGUCCCUUUGACUACACCAGCUGGUGCUCUGGAGAACCGAACAAUGCAGGAAAUAACGAAAACUGCCUGGAGCUGGCCUAUAGCUCUAACCGUUGCUGGAAUGAUCUGACAUGUUCAGUACAACUUGGCUUUGUUUGUGCUAAAAACCUGUGAGAUCAGAUGCAGUCAUCCUGCUCCACUCCACGUGAUUGUGCUACAUACAUUUACAUUUUCUGAACUUUUCCUUUAUAAAACAUGUUAAUCUGAAAUUAAACUUGCCUCUUUUCUCAGUAUCUUUUCUAAAACACUACUCUAAUCAAUAAAAGCAUUGACAAAGCAUA